UCAAACACAUCAAAUCACAUCAUGGGUCAUCAUGAGUGCAAUGCAAAUGAGAUCUUUGAAGGUCAAGUUCACUUGUACAAACACUUGCAUGACCAUGCAGUAGAUGGUAUGAGUAUUAAAUGGAUGAUUGAGCUUGGCAUACCUGACAUAAUGCACAACCAUGAUCAACCAAUUACACUAAUAGAGUUGGUAUCCAUUCUACAAAUUCCACAAACUAAAGUUAGAGGUGUGAAAAGUCUCCUACGCUACCUGGCACACAAUGGAUUCCUUCAGAUUGUAAGAGUCCAUCACAACACAGAAGAAAAGGAAGCAUAUGCUCUAUCUGCUGCAUCACAACUUCUUGUCAAGGGCACUGAUCUUAGUCUUGCGCCAAUGGUAGAGCUUUUAAUUAAGCCAAAUGCAGCACAUGUAUGGUCUCACUUGAAGAAGUGGACUUAUGAGGAUGGUGUUACACUAUUUGAUGUCUCCCUAGGAUCGAAUAUGUGGGAGUUUCUUAGUAAAAAGCCAAAAUUUAACGAGUCGUUUAAUGAGGCAAUGGCUUGUGAUUCUCAGAUGAUGAAUGUGGCAUUAAGAGGUUGCAAUUGGGUGUUCGAAGGAAUGGAGUCCAUUGUGGAUGUCGGUGGUGGAACUGGAACCACAGCCAAGGCUGUCUGUGAUGCAUUUACUAACGUGAAGUGCACUGUAUUUGACCAGCCACAUGUUGUGGAGAAGUUGUCGGGAACCAACAAUUUGACAUAUGUUGGUGGCGACAUGUUCAAAUCUAUUCCCAAGGCUGAUGUAGUUCUACUUAAGUUGAUUUUGCAUGAUUGGAAUGACAAGGAUUGUAAGAAGAUAUUAGAAAAUUGCAAAGAAGCUAUUUCUGGUAAAGGCAAGAGAGGAAAAGUAAUUUUGAUAGAAACUGUGAUAAAUGAAGACCAAGAUGAGCACGAACUUACUGGACUAAAGCUCGCCAUGGAUGUGCGAAUGACAUGUUUUUUAAAUGGAAAAGAGAGAAGUGAAGAAGAAUGGAAGAAAAUGUUCGUUGAAGCAGGAUUCCAGAACUACAAAAUAUCUCCUUUGACGGGAUAUUUGUCUCUUAUUCAGAUCUAUCCUUGAAUACUGAAGUUAGAAUGAUGCAUUUGGUAGUUUCUUUCACACAUGGAUCAAUCGAAUAAGGUUGCAGCAUUUAGUAUUCUAGCAUCAAUAAAAAGGAGAAUUGAUAAGAAACAAGACUCAAAAUAUGAAAUUUCAUAGAAUAUGUUAAAGUGUUUGCUCUAUUAAACAUGUUG